AAAAAGGAAGAGAAAAAAAAAACGCUUAAAAAUGUCAGACAACAUUGAAUCCGCAAAACAAAUUCCUCAAACCCAAGAUCUCCCCCCUUCAGCCACCGCCAUGGCCGAAAUCGAGCAGUCAGCCCCUCAAUCCGAGACCUCAAACACCACCACCGCCGAGAAAUACCCCAACGUCUCCUUCAGCAUUUGGCCACCGACCGAGCGCACGCGCGACGCCGUGAGGAACCGCCUCGUCGAAACCCUAUCGUCCCCCUCCAUUCUGUCCAAGCGAUACGGCACCGUUUCCCGCGAGGAAGCCGUCGAUGCCGCCAAGGCCAUCGAGGAGGAGGCGUUCCUAGAGGCCGGGAAGGCGGCGACCACCGACGAAGAGGGGAUCGAGAUCCUGCAGGUGUAUUCCAAGGAGAUCAGCAAGCGGAUGCUGGAUACGGUGAAGGCUAGAUCUGGAGAGACGGCGGCUGCUCCGGCGACACCGGCGGUGAAUGAUGAGCCGAUUAAGCCCGAGGAGGAGGAUGCUGGGUCCACCGCACCGCCGCACAGCGAGAAAACCGAGUCCGUUGCCGAUGAAGAAUGAGUAACCCUAAAAUACUAUUGCCAAUUUCCCCUCUUUUAAUUUUGUAAUCUUUGUUAGUGGAAUCUCUUUCGGAAGUUUUUUAAUCGUGUUUGGGAUCUACUGAGUAUUACUAUUUUUAUCAUGUCAGAACAUCUUGAUGCUAAAUAUAUUAGUUUAAUUAGAUCUUAUCACAUUUCCUUAUUUGGUAUUUGGUAAUUAUUUCUUG